AUGUUCCGAAUCUUCAACUACGCCCAUACCCAUCCCUCAACCUUACCACCAUCUCAUCACCGCACCCCCAGCCCAAUCCCCUCCGUCCGCGUCGAAAUCCCACCUUCAGAGCUCCUCCCAGGCCUAACCCACAACGACCUCCCCCUCCUGGGCCCACGACCCAGUUCCUCGAUGCUAGAAUACCACCAACUACCCAUCCUCCGACACCUUGAAUGGCGCACCGACGAGACCACCAACGAGCCACUCCGUCGACCACUGAAAGACGUUGUGUCUCUGACAGCGGCAUUCGCACAGACACGCGGAUGCGAGCCACCAGAGCCUGGUAGUGACGUGGAAUACUACAUCAGUCGUGAUGAAGAGCGGGAUUUGGGUCCAAUGAUUAUUAAAUCUGAGAGGAAUGAUGUGCUCACAUACUCGCCCGGUACUUCUCGUCUUGAUGGAAGUAUUCUUCCCUUUCCGUUGGGUCCGGAGACGAUUGAUGAUCUGCCGUUUUUGAGACGCGCUGUUACGGAGAUGGAGAUGCAUCUGGGGACGUUGAGGAGGAGGGUGAGGCAGUUGGAGGAUAGGGAGAGGAUGAGGGAUAGUAGUAUUAAUCCGUGGGAGUUGGUGUGA